AUGAAACUAAUUUAAAUUGCAAUUUUAUUGUCAUUUUUGUCAAUUUUAUUGAGCAAAAGAAUUCAUCUAAAUGAAGAAAUAUAAUAAUGUAUAAGAGAAAAAUGUCCUGAAUAAUUGAAAUUAUGUUAUGACGACAAUGCUUGUCAAUUAUAAUUAAAUAAAUGUAGACCUAAAGUUGAUAAACCUCCUAAAUAAGGUACUAAGAUUAAGCCAUUUUCAAAUGUACUUUGUAAGAUAAAAUGUUUAUCAAUUAAUUAGCCUGUUUAAAAAAAAAUGAGAAUUCCUAUAAUUUGAUUGAUUGUGCAUAUUCAAAUUGUGAAAAAACUCCAUAAUCAUAAUUAUAUCAAUAUUUAUUGGGUAAUAUAUGAU